AUGACCGGGGUGGAAAAGAGAAAAGAUUUAUUGAAAGAUAACGAAGGAAUCGGUCUUGGUGAAAUACCACUGUUGUCUUUGGCAAAUCUCGACCUAAAGCUCCAGGUACCGCCCAUGCCACGGUUGUUGGGCAUUGUGGAGAACAUUGCUCCUAUUCCGGUAACGAACCGUGUGGCGCGGGUGGAGCUUGUAUCGUCGUCGAUCACUAACCUUACAGUCACGCGGGAGCUGAUUGUGGGAGUGCUGCGCGAUCUAGUUGUGCCAUACAUGGAUUACCAGAAGGAUGAAGCUUUCUACAUGGACAAUUACGACCAAGUGGAUAGCAACAAGUUGUUGUCAGCUCAGGAUAAAAAGGAUCGCAAUGACAAGCUACGCGAACUUGAAGCAGUCAUGUCGCUGGACAAAAUUCUCAAGCUGCGUAGUCGAUCCACUGGAUUGGCCAAGUACUACCGUCGUGAUUAA